UUUGCCAACAAAUAACAAAUGGAAGAGUCAUCGAAUCGAUGCGUUGUCAUAAUUACAUGACUGAGCAGUUAGGGAUUCCUGUUUGGGGAUCAUAUGUUAUCUUUGGCUUGACCACUCUCUUCUCCGGCCUUCUGCUAGGACUGAUUCUGGUGUUCAUUGCAGAUUUUGUCUUCCCGUCACGGAGAUUUUCUUCUUCCGACUACUACCAGAAGAAACAAACCAUGGAGCAGGCGAGGUUGAUCCAACAGCAGGAGGAAGAGCAUGAGGCUGAUGCCGAGGAAGACGACGACGAAGAGGAGGAGGCGGAGGAGGAGGACGGGGAACAGGACGAGGUCUGGAGAACGAGGAGGAGGGGCUCCCCCGAGGGUCGCCCAGAGGGACAGGGCCUUUCGGACGAGGGCUUGAGGAAGAGAGUGGUGGGCGACCGUGAGGAAGAGGACACCUAAAAGGUGCCGCGGCGGAACCGUAGAUGGGGCCUCUACUCCGCUUUUGAGAAGGCGCGACCCAGAUUUGGAGGAGCCUCGGUUCAGAGCAGCAGCAGUGUUUACAGCGGGGAGUCCUUUGGGGGUGUUGGGUGGGUGACACCUCUCUCCUCUCCCCCAACAAUGCUUCCUUCCCUCUGUCAUCUCUCUCACCCCCCCCCUUCCUUUUUUUUCCCCCCCACCAGGGGUACAUUGGACAAUUAGAACCUCCCUUACCACCCGAAGUAAGGAAUCGACCCCCGACACCUUUUCUCGUCUUUCUGGAAAGAAAGGUCAAGGAUGAGGUUAGGGGUGAGGCACAUUAAAAGCUGGGUUUUGCAAUUGUGUUAAUGCUAUGCAUCUUAUUUUGUUUUAGGGUUUUUUUCAUUUUGUCGUAUGUUUAUCUAGAAAUAGUAUACACAGUGUGCGUUUGGGAUUCAUCUGUUGUUUUUUUUAAUCCAGUGUGUACAUGUGUUAUAUUUUUAAGUCUCAUUUCACCAGUCUCGUCAUCUCUUUUUUUUAACUUGUCC